AUGUCUGAGACCUCAGCUAGCAAGGACAGUCUCCCGGCUGAGUGCCCUGUGUGCUAUGAGAAAUUUCACCCACUGGAGGCCACACGCCGGAAACUCAGUUGUGGGCACACCUUCUGCCAUGACUGCCUGGUGAAGUGUUUGCUCUCCACCAAGCUUGAUGGCCAGGUCCAGAACAGCAUCAUCUGCCCUGUCUGUCGCUAUGUGACUUUCCUCAGCAAGAAGAAGGCUGUCUGGCCACUCAAGGCAGGGACAAACUCCUGGACACUGGAAAUACCUCUAUCACCUUCCUCCCUGUGCCAUCUGACCAAGCUGGAGCCCACCAACACUUUAGUGGUUCCUAGCCAUUUUGUGAUGCCAGUGCAAAGUUUCGACCAAUGUUGCAGCCCGAGAAACACACCUCUGGACUCUCUAGGGGUCCCAGGAGAGUUGGCACAGGAAGCCCAUAUCUUUGUGAUAAGCGACCAUGGGAUGCCACUGGUAGAUGAGGACUGUGGCUCACUGGGGAGGAGAAGCAGAGCAGAAACAUUGAGCUCAGUGUCAUCCAGCCCUGCAUUGGGAGUGAAAUGUUGCCAGUCACCCAUUGCCCUGGCUGUCCUGCUCAUCUUGACUGUGGCGCUGCUUGCAGCUGUUCUCCCUUGGCUGCUGCUGGUGAAGAGGGACUCGUAG